UUGCAUCUCUGUAGCUCUACGUCCCCUGUAUUUCCGCCUAUUCUGAUGCUUUUUUUUCAGUCGUUAAUGGUUGUGUACAUGUCAAGUUCUGUUUAUGUGAAAUCUCGAACAUGUAGCUUCCGGUUGGCUGAGAAGGCUUUUGAAUUUAGUUGCUACAACGAAAUUGGAUGGGAAGUGGAAACCAUGGACGUAACUAUACCUAACCGUUAAAACCUCCAUCAGAAAAAAAUGAAUACGGGUUUGCAUUCGUUGUCUUCUGAGCUGAAUUUUUGGGAUGGUGGUAUGUCGUGUAGAAGCCUGAAUUCACGCACGUCAAAUGGUUUUGUAAGAAUUUAUUACCUCGAACAAAAAAGAAAUCGUAAAGCAUUAAAGGAAAAUGCUGGAAAGUUGUCCAUGUCUAGUCCGACCACUUCGAAGCUCAUGGAAGGAUCAUUCAGGAGGAAGAAACAACUCCACAAUCCUCGUUUGAAGCUCGAGGUUGUGAGGACAUUGUUGAUUGACAACUAUGAUAGUUACACAUACAAUAUUUACCAAGAUCUGUCAGUCAUCAAUGGAUUGCCUCCUGUGGUCAUACAAAAUGACGAUUGGACAUGGGAAGAUGCAUGGCAUUACUUGUAUGAAGAGAAGGCAUUUGAUAAUAUUGUUAUAUCACCUGGGCCUGGUUCUCCAACAUGUGCCAAUGACAUAGGAAUAUGUCUACGUCUACUCCAUGAGUGUGAGGAUAUCCCCAUUUUGGGUGUUUGUCUUGGGCAUCAGGCUUUAGGAUAUGUGCAUGGGGCUAAAGUUGUUCGUGCAAAUGAGCCAGUUCAUGGACGCCUAAGCGAAAUUGAGCACAAUGGCUGUAGUCUUUUCAAUGGUAUACCGUCAGGAAGAAAUUCAGGAUCCAAGGUUGUAAGAUAUCAUUCACUUGUAAUAGAUCCCGAAUCACUUCCCAAGGAACUAAUUCCUAUAUCAUGGACAUGUUCUGCAGACACCCAAGCAUUUCUUGAGAUUAGCAAUGCUUUCUCAACUUCAGAUGCUCAUGCCAUAGUUUCUAGUGAUUCUAGAUCAGGAGUACAAAAAUCUCCACGUGUUUGGCCAGUCAAGGGCCAUCAAAAUAUGCGAAAUGGAAAAGUUCUCAUGGCAAUCAUGCACUCCACCAGGCCUCAUUAUGGAGUACAGUUUCAUCCAGAGAGCAUUGGGACCUGUUUUGGCAGAGAGAUAUUUAAGAAUUUUAGAGAGAUCACAGAAGAUCAUUGGCUUAAUAAUGGACCAUUGGUCAUCGGCAAAGAAAAUGUAGAUUAUUCUGGAAAUAAAAUAAUACUGAGGCAACCCGUUGAUCAAUCAAGUGAUGGAGCUUUUUGCAAUAGAAGUACUGGGCUUAACGGAACCAGUAGAAAAUGUGUCGGCAUGAAUGAUCUUGUAAAUCUUUCAUGUCCCAGCAAUGGAGUCAGAUUUCUGAAGUUGAGAUGGAAGAAAUAUGACCAUUUGGCUUGUGAAGUUGGUGGUGCAAGAAAUAUAUUUUAUCAAUUGUUUGGACAUCAGAAAGCUGAAAACACAUUUUGGCUGGACAGUUCCUCGAUAGAAAAGGGAAGAGCACGAUUUUCAUUUAUGGGAGGAAAAGGUGGAUCACUAUGGAAGCAGAUGGUUUUUAAGUUAUCAGAUGAAAGUGGAAGUCCUUUUGAAGGAGGAGGUAAUCUUUCAAUUGAGGAUGCUCAAAGCUCAACAACCAACACAUUUUUAAAAGAUGGUUUCUUUGACUAUAUAAACAAGGAGCUUUCAUCUUUUCGAUAUGAGAGAAAAGACUAUGAAGGGCUCCCAUUUGACUUUCAUGGUGGAUAUGUUGGCUAUAUCGGAUAUGAACUCAAAGUAGAAUGUGGUGCAGCAUACAACCAACACAAGUCCAGGACUCCAGAUGCGUGUUUCUUUUUCGCUGACAAUCUUUUGGUCAUCGAUCACUACUCCGAUGAUGUAUACUUGUUAUCAAUACAUGAAGAAUGUUAUACUUCGACAUCAUGGUUGGACAAUGCAGAGCUUGAGCUUAUGAAAUUGAAAACUUCCGUUCCAGAGAAGUUAACUGAAGAAAUUUCACUAAAUGAGUCAUUUACCCGAUGUAAAGUAGAUUUUGUUGCCAAGAGAUCAAAGGAGGGAUAUAUAAGUGAUGUCGAAAAGUGUAAGCAAUACAUCAAAGAUGGCGAAAGUUACGAGUUGUGUUACACAACCCAAAUUAGAAAAAGAAUUGAGGAAAUCGAUGCUCUGAGACUUUACCUUAGGCUUAGAGAAAAAAAUCCAGCACCUUAUGCUGCUUGGCUAAAUUUUUCAAGCGAAGAUAUAUGCGUCUGCUGUUCAUCGCCAGAACGGUUCCUACAGUUGAACAGGGAUGGCGUUUUGGAAGCGAAACCCAUCAAAGGUACUACAAAGCGUGGAGCGACAACAGAGGAAGAUGAACAACUCAAAAUGCAGCUGCAGUAUAGUGAAAAGAACCAAGCUGAAAACUUAAUGAUCGUUGAUCUUCUAAGGAACGACCUCGGUCGUGUGUGCGAACCGGGCUCUGUCCAUGUUCCACUGCUCAUGGACGUAGAAUCAUAUGCAACAGUUCAUACUAUGGUGAGCACGGUUCAAGGCAAGAAAGAGUCAAAUGCAAGUGCCAUUGACUGUAUAAAAGCAGCAUUUCCAGGUGGUUCGAUGACUGGAGCGCCGAAGUUGAGGUCAAUGGAGCUCCUCGACUCCAUCGAGAAUUGUCCUCGAGGUAUCUAUUCGGGUUGCAUUGGAUAUAUCUCAUACAACCAGACAUUUGAUCUUAAUAUUGUGAUAAGAACAGUUGUUUUGCAUCAAGGUGAAGCUUCCAUAGGAGCUGGAGGAGCUAUUAUUGCUCUCUCAGAUCCUAUUGAUGAAUAUGAAGAAAUGAUAUUGAAAACUCAUGCUCCCUCCAGGGUGGUUAUGGAAUUUUCUUAGAACUUUUUCCAUUGUAUUCUAGCCUUAAAAAAUCCUUUUUUUUUUUAAUAUAUGUCAAUGGUGUCUUGUAUUAUAAUGGAACAACGGAACGAACUCAGUUGCAUAAAAUUUCAU